UAAGUUUGUUUUUAAUUAAGCGCUAGGCCUACACAUCGAACUGUUAGAAAUGCGGAAUAUGGACGAGAUUUAUACAGACUCUUCCGAUUUAGAUUUUAGCGAUAGCGAUGCAGAGAUCGACAAUAAUAUAGGAACGCAGAUGCACUGUAUAUGUGAACAAAACUCAGACGAUGAAAUGAUUGCAUGUAGUGGUCCAAACUGCACGAUUAAGUGGUACCACUUCAACUGCGUGGGCUUGACAUCAGACAGCUUUCCUGACGGUGACUGGGCUUGUGAACAGUGCGUAGCCGCUUCAACAUCAGCGGACCCUAGCGACCGACCGGGGCCUAGCUUGGCUUCUAUACCCUCUGUUGAAAAAGGAAGAAAGCAGAAAUCUAAGGCAAAUCAGGAUGGAACUUGUGGCGAAACAAACACACCAAAAGAAAAGAAAGGAAAAAAAAGCAAAAGGCCUGCAAGUGUUUUCACCAAAGAGGAUGCUGAGAGGGAGGUGAAAGGUCUAAUCAACAGUGCUCUAGCAGCUUUAGAGUGUCACCCAAUCUAUAGUGGCCCAUUUGCAAACAAGGACAAGAUAUUGGGACUAAUUACUUUACUUCGGACAUACAAUGACGACGAGUUAGCUUGUUUUACUGGAUUAUUAGUUUCAGAAGUUUGGGAUGCUAUUCGCUGUGCAGACAACUUGUGUCUUGGCCCAGAAAUGUAUGAAAGAAUAACUAUUAACAUACAUACUAUUAUGUUUAAUGCUAAAUUAAGAGAGGCAUGGGAUGCUGUCACUAAUACAGAAAACGCUAUAAUCAAUGGCAUUGUUUUGAUGUUUGUUGUUAAGCAUGUGGCAACGAACAUGAUGCGUUUGCGAAACGAGAAGGACAAGUCCAAAGUGGACUCUUAUUAAAGGGCCAUGAUAUAUGCAAUCAUAUUUUGAUAAUCGUGUUGUAUUAUCAGGUCUUUAUGCUACAAAUUAAUUAAUGUGAUUUUAAGCAAUUCAAUGGCAUUAAUACUGCGAUGAGUUUGCGAACAAAACAGUGGAUUUUAUUAGGUUUGUGUAAGUUAAUAAAUGUUUUAAGAUUCAUAUAUUUCGUUUUAUCGAUUUGAAAAAAAACGAACAGUGGAUUUUAUUAGAUUUGUGUAAGUUAAUA